AUGAAACAGUGUCUGGAAAUGGUCACAGCGAACUUGAAGAAUCUAAGUCAGGCAUUGACCAUCAGAAAGGUCAUUUUGUCAACGGGUAUGUCGACAGAUGAAAAAUCACCUUUGGUCAGGCACCAGGUACCAGUCUACGUAAAAUUCGGUAUUGGAGGUUUGGCUGGCGUGACAGGCCAAGCCCUGACGCAUCCAAUGGACGUCCUAAAGGUUCGGAUGCAAGUCUAUAAAUCUGAAUUAUUGAGCACGAUGAAGCAAACCACCAGAGCGCAAGGCCUUCUUGGACUUUACACAGGAUUGUCAGCCUCGCUGUUGAGACAGAUCACCUACACCACCACAAGGCUUGGCAUUUUCAACACCAUGUCAGAAAUAUGCGAAAAACGCUUUGGGCGUCUGAACUACCCGACUCUUAUAUCCCUGGGGAUGUUGGCUGGAAUGAUUGGAGCUCUAGUUGGAACACCCACGGACGUUGUGAUGGUUCGGAUGAUCGCAGACGUUGGACUGCCACUUGAGAAACGUCGGAGCUACAAACACGCGAUUGAUGGACUGUUCAGAGUCUUCAAAGAGGAAGGAAUUCACACUCUAUGGGCCGGAGCAAUGGCAACGGUUUGCAGAGCUGCGAUUGCUAAUGGAGCUCAAUUGGGAACGUACUCAAGGUCCAAGACGAUGCUCAAGGACACUGGACACUUCGAGGAUGGUCUUCCCAUGCAAUUCGUCGCUGGACUGAUGUCCGGGGUAGUAGCAGCGACAGCUUCGUUACCGAUGGACAUCGCGAAGACGAGAAUUCAAAAUUGGAAAGAGUCCGACAAACCCCCGGGCACUGGAAAAAUGCUUCUCACGAUAUCCAGGUCCGAAGGUUUCCGAUCUCUCUGGCGUGGAUUUCUUCCUUAUUAUGCAAGACUGGCUCCGAAUACCGUUAUCACCAUGGUCGCUAUGGACCAAUUGACUAGGUUCUACUUAACGCACUUCCAGAGUUGA